UUUCUUUUUUUUCUUGUUUCUGAAAAUUUGAUGUGGGCAAAAUCACAUUAAUGUAUACCUUAGGUUAAAACAGCCAGCAACUGUUCGUUGAAAAGCUUGACAGAAAAUGCAUACCUUGUUCCUGUCUUUGACUUUGUCACAGUGGGAUAGAUUGGAAGAACAAUUAACAGGGACAUGGAAACACAAGAGGAUCCAAAAACAUUCAUGAAGAAUUUGCUGGGGACCUUGAGAAUUUGCUGGAUGCAGAAGAAUGUGAAGAUGGAGAGGAGGGUAAAUAUGAAUCCCUACCUGUCUGAUGAGCCCUACACGUGUUUUUGGGACUUCAUGAGCACGAAGAAAUCCCUGCAGCCUGCCAGAGUGCAUUUGACAUUGCCUGUUUACGCAUGGAAGAGAGACUAGCCUACUCCAGUUUUGAACAGGACAUGGUGCUUUUGCAUCACGAAGUGGAAGUAGAAUUCCCAGAUGGGGGGCCAACGGAGAAUCACUGUGCCACUCUCUUGGAGUUUGGAAGAACGAAAGAUAGGAAAACAACCAUUGCCAUGGGUCUCACAGUUGGCAUUCCAGCAGCCAUAGGAGCUUUGGGUGAGUUUCAAACUGGAAACUCAUACAAAUCUCUUUGAGAUUGCAAAGUGCAAGACAUCUGUGUCUGCAAUUGAGGUAUAUCAUGUACAAAUUUCUUGAAUUUUACUCUUUUGUUUUAUAUAGGAAUUUAAAUUCACUGCUUCUCACAUCCACUUCUGCU